UUACGCACAAAUUAGAAACUCUGCCUUCAGGUUAGGUUGAUUCUUCAAACAGAGAUAAUGAUAUGGGUGGAUGACAGAAGAGAAAAUUAUUUGAACAAUUGCGUAUGAGAAUGAUAUAUUGUUAUCCAGCGGUGUGGUACCCAUUUCCUUGUUGCUAUGUAGCUACUGACAACAGCUGCAUCACCCGAUUGCAGCUGUGUCGUUCCGUAUCCCGUACGAAACGUUAGCUACAUGUGCUAUCAAGUCAACAUCCAAGCGAGAUGAUACUGUCUAUGACCUGCAGUUGGCCAUUUUUCCCAUAUUUUAUUAACUGGACGUUCGGAUAUACGUAUUGAAAAUGUCAAACAUAUCUAUAAAGUGAGUCGUGCUGGUGCAGCUUGCAUGAUUGUUUGGAGGACUGCACGCCAACGUUGGCACAAAAAAUAACAAUCGCUGUUUGCAUAUAGCCUGUUUGCUUCUAUUCUGCAUUCAAUGUCAAGAUUUCUCGCUGGGUUAAAACAUCUGCUUCUACAGUAAGAUAAAAUAGAAUACUAUCUUCUUUGGAUCCUUUUCUAUCAAAACGGUUGGGAGAAGAGGACCAGGGAAUCUAUUCUGAACUUAUGGACACAUUUUGCACGAAGGUCAUGACUCUGAGAGGAUGAUAAUGCUGGAAAAACAGAGCUCGACGCAGGAGAUCGGCGAAGAGGCCGAGGAGGGAGCCGUCUUCACCAUCACCCUGAGGAAAGUGCAGCUGCACCAGUCGGCCAGUAAGGGGCAGCGGUGGCUGGGCGUGGAUACGGACUCUGCCCUCAGCCUGUAUGAGACCUGCAAGGUGCGCACCAUCAAGGCGGGCACCCUGGAGCGGCUGGUGGAGUACAUGGUGUCUGCGUUCCGCGGCAAGGACUCCACCUACGUCACCAUCUUCCUCUGCACUUACCGCUCCUUCGCCUCCACCAAGCAGGUGCUGGACCUCCUGCUCAACAGGUAUGCCAAGCUGCAGAACAAGUCCACAGCAGAUGGAAGCAGACUCUUGCAGGAGGACUGCACAGAGCGGAGGAACACCGUCUCCUCCAUCCUGGGGGCGUGGCUGGACCAGUACUCUGAGGACUUCUGGACCCCUCCGGAGUACGGAUGUUUACACCAGCUGCUCUCCUACCUUCGCCUGCACUUCCCCGGUUCAGACCUGGAGCGGCGAGCUCGCAACCUGCUGGCCCACUUCCACCACCGGCAGCAGUGUGAGCCGGACCUUGACGUGGAGCAUAUCGGCUGCCCCUUCGCCACACAGGAAGAGAGCGGCUUUGAGGACGAGCUUCCUGGCCUGAACUUCCUGUCGUUCGACCCCAUCAUGGUCGCGGAGCAGUUUACACUCAUGGACGCGGACUUGUUCAAGGCAGUGGUCCCCUACCACUGCCUGGGGGGGAUCUGGUCCCAAAGGGACAAGAAGGGGAAGGAGCACCUGGCCCCCACCAUCAGAGCUACUGUGGCCCAGUUCAACUUUGUCACCAACUGUGUCAUCAGCACCUGCCUGAGCAACCCUACCUUGAAGCCCACCCAGAGAGCCAGGCUGGUGGAGCGCUGGAUCGAGGUGGCCCGGGAAUGUCGGAUCCUGAAGAACUUCUCGUCCCUACGAGCCAUCCUCUCUGCCCUGCAGUGUAACUCCCUCCACCGCCUCAAGAGGACCUGGGACGAGGUGUCCAGGGAGAAUUUCCGCACCUUCAGAGAGUUGUCCGAGAUCUUCUCAGACGACAACAACUACUCUCUGAGCAGAGAGCUCUUAGUCAAGGAGGGGACUUCCAAAUUUGCCACUCUGGAAAUCAACCCCAAACGAGCUCAGAGGAGACACCAACAGCAGAGAGAUCUGGGGGUGAUGCAGGGGACCAUUCCUUACCUGGGCACCUUUUUGACCGACCUAGUUAUGAUGGACACAGCCAUGAAGGACUACACAGAGGGUGGACUCAUCAACUUUGAGAAGCGGAGAAAGGAGUUUGAGGUGAUCGCCCAGAUCAAGCUGCUGCAGCUGGCCUCCAACAACUACAGCUUCACCCAGGACAGCCACUUCAGAGAGUGGUUCUCAGGGGUGGAGAGACUCAGUGAAGCGGAGAGCUACACACUGUCUUGUGAGAUCGAGCCGCUGUCAGAGUAUGCCAGCAACACUCUCAGAGCCAAGAAAAACGGGGGGAUAAUGAAACGCUGGAGCGAUCGCCAGCUGACCGAGGCAAGCUCCAGCAGCGCAGGAAGCUCCCAUUCCAAGUCCUUCGACCAGACCCACUUCAGGCUGUACCAGGGAGGGGGAGGGGACAGCGGAGACGCACUUAGCAUUGGCUCCAGUGGCUCCGAUCUGGAGGACGUUAACCCCGGUUUCCUGUCCGACUCACCAGAGGGCCACGAGAGGAAGACAUCUACACCCUCAGUAAAACAUUCGGUCUCCGCUUUGGGGAAAGAGGGCCAGACUCCUGAUCCAAACGCUACGUUCUGGGAGUCCACCUCUCUGUCGUCCCUGGACACCUCGGGGAUGGGCUCGGGCUCCAGCAGUGCCUCGUCAACCUCCGUCUCCUCCUCCACCCCCGUCCCCUCCUCCCGCUCCCACAAGCGCUCCGUGUCGGCCGUGUCCAACUACUCCAACCUCUCCCUGCCCCUCUACAACCAGCAGGUGGACGACUGCUGCAUCAUCCGCGUCAGCCUGGACGUGGAGAACGGGAACAUGUACAAGAGCAUACUGGUGACCAGUCAAGACAAGACCCCAGCCGUCAUCAGGAAAGCCAUGGUCAAACACAACGUGGAGCGAGAGAAAACGGAAGACUAUGAGCUGAUGCAGAAAAUUUCAGACGAUAAAGAGCUGCGGAUACCAGACAAUGCCAAUGUCUUCUAUGCCAUGAACUCAACUGCCAACUAUGACUUUGUUUUAAAAAAGCGAGGCUCAUCAAAGACAGGCAGGGCCAAAAGUGUUGCUAGCUCCACGCUGCCCCGCAUGAAACAGAAGGGUCUGAAAAUCGCCAAAGGGAUCUUCUGAGGACAUUUCUACCCUUAGAAGAAAAAGAAAAAAAAGAAAAAACUUCCAGUCCAAGUCUGCUGGAUGAAGGCCCUUUCUGUCCGAGGUGAAUGUUCCUCAGAGCUACAAUCAGUUGCAAAAGAACCCAGUUGAACUAAAGGACCUAUGACUAAACACUACAGAACCUUUGCGGAAAAGCAAUAGGAUGCUGUCCUGCUUCAGUCUGAGUGAAGGAACCCUUCAGAGUAAGCUGUCCUUCAUCUCACCUGGCGAUCAGAGAUAAUGAUGUCAACAGUGUUGUUUACCUGUGCAGGAUAUUAGGACCCCUUACAUGUGCUGCCCAAAUUCACAAUGCACACAGCCUUUAGAACAAUGAAAGACUGUGACGAUGUGACUAUUUUGGAUUCCGUGGAGGUGUGAAGAGCAUUAACUGUUUACUGCAGACGCUGCCGUACUCACUUUACAUGGGUUGACGUCUGUGCCAUUUCUGUCAUUGAAAAAAGGAGAUGAAAUGUAGAUCCAAGUGAUCCAAGUGUUUUUUUAUUGAUUCACAAACACUACAAGGACGGCUUCAGUUAUCUUUUGAAAAUAUUUCACCCGACGUGGGACAGAAUGUGUCAAAAAGAACAAGACUGAUGUAUGUUACAACAAAGUAUGAGAGAAACCUUAGGCAAGAAGGUGAUAUUGUGUCGAAUAUUUAAGGACCCCAUUUUAACAGUACAAUACUAUUUGGCCAAUGUGUUCUUUGGUUCUGCAGCUCUCUGCUUUGCUAUGGUGCUGAUAUUUGUUUAUUUUUUCCCCCCCCAAUCGCCAUUCUUUUUCACUUACAUUGGUUAUGGCAGGCAUUACUCUCGGACUCUCCUAUGACUGCAUUCAAUUUGGUUUGACUUAAAUAUCCACUUAUGCAGGGGCUCCUAUGAUGGCAUAUCCUUCAUUGCCUACAGGAAACAAAAGUGUUUUUUAAACCAUAGUAGUACUCGCCAGUACAUUCAGUGGGAUUUUGAUCAUCUGUUACUGCCUGAUGAAUGCCCUCGUGGAUGUUUAAACACCUGCCACAUGCAUGCAAGAGGAAGUCUAAUGUAAGGAAACAUUAUCCUAGAUUAGUUUAUUGGUGCCAAUCAUGUAUGAGCUUGCAGUUAAAGGUAUGCCAGUGCACAGUCUAUAUUAUGGUUAUCAAUAUUUCACUUAAUUUGCACUGUGGUACAUGCCGAUAGUCUUGUUGGGUGCAUGCUCUUUCUAAUAUCCUUCAUAGAUUGGUUUGAACAACGUUUGCCAAUAGGACAGAAGAGGUUGAAUGUGGUGAAGAUGUGGUGAUGUCUCUGGUUAAAGAGGUACUGGAGAGAUGUACAUGUAUUUGUUUUAGGAUGGAAGGCAUAUGCUUGGCUCUCUCUUCAUCACUGUGAUUCGCUCCCCCCCUUGCUAUUGAACACUGUGAUUUGGAUAUUUCCACUGUGCUAAUCACACUGAUUAGCUGCUUUUAUACUAAACACUGUGACUACUCACUAGUCUCUUGUUGUUAAUGCUUAAUAUGAAACUAUACUCUUAGUCUGUGAGCUGAGAUUAGUCAAAUGGCCCAAGAAGAUGUACCAAAAUUAUGGACAUUUAGAGUAGAGGGGCUGAUAAUUAAUUUCAUAUCAGAAUGUAAUGAACUAUUAAACUGUACAAUUAUUGUACAGUUUAAAAUGUAUUAAGCCAAUCUACAUUAGGGGACAUUCAUUGUGGUUACACAAGACAAACCCCCCCCCCAUAUACCAUCCCCAUGAAGAUGGCUUGAAGCAACAUUGGAAAGGAAAAAGCUAUGAUCCAUGUUCAAGCAUACUCGUUUUGUGUCACGGAAAGAUGUUAAUUGUCCUGUGAAACAAGUUUGUGACAUAUGGCCUGCCCCUGAAGUUUUAAUCAUUAUAUUGACCGGAAACUGGCUUUCUUUGCUUCAGCUGAUCUGUGUUCCUUCUGUGCAGAUCAGCACUGACUACAGUGUCUGGUGCCAUUGUUGUUUUCACAAAGGCUUGAGACCUUCAUAAUUGAUUGCAUUGACUUGUUAAAGAUUUUCUAAUCUUAAUUAUCUAAGAACACAUCAUUAAUUGUCCUAUGUUAUUGUUUUUGUUGUAUUAUUUAUUGAUUUGUACAUAGAUAUUUUGCUAUGCUUUGUACAGUAUUUCCUUUUUUGAGUUAGAGAUUAAUAUAUACUCAUGUAUACAAAUAAACACAAAGUUUCAGAAAGUAAAUCUUCCUGCUUCC